UGCGCACGCGGUUCUCCGGCAGUUCUGCAUCCAGACCUUUGUCUAUUUCCACUUCUGCAAUCCCGCAACCUCAGCCUUGGGACCUCGCCCCUCGCCUGGAGCCCUUCAUGGCGGACCAGAAACUGGUGGUGGUUUUUGGAGCCACAGGUGCCCAAGGGGGCUCAGUGGCCCGCACACUCCUGGAAGAUGGAACAUUCAGGGUUCGAGUAGUGACCCGGGACCCUGGGCAGAGAGCAGCGAAGGAGCUGAAACAGCAGGGUGCAGAAGUAGUACAGGGAGACCAGAGUGAUGAGGCCAGCAUGGAGCUGGCUCUGACUGGGGCUCAUGCCACCUUCAUCGUGACCAACUACUGGGAAAAGUGCAGCCAGGAACUGGAGGUCAAGCAGGGAAAGCUGUUGGCAGAUCUGGCCAAGCGCCUGGGCCUCCACUAUGUGGUCUACAGUGGCCUGGAGAACAUUAAGAAGCUGACGGCAGGGAAGCUGGCAGCAGGCCACUUCGAUGGCAAAGGGGAGGUGGAGGAAUACUUUCGAGACAUCGGCGUUCCCAUGACCAGUGUGCAGCUGCCCUGCUAUUUUGAGAACCUCCUCUCCUACUUCCUGCCCCAGCGAGCCCCAGAUGGAAAGAGCUACUUGUUGGACCUACCCAUGGGUGACGUCCCCAUGGAUGGCAUGGCUGUGAGUGACCUGGGUCCUGUGGUACUUAGCCUGCUGAAGAAACCAGAAGAGUACGUGGGGCAGAACAUCGGGCUCAGCACCUGCAGGCAUACUGCCGAGGAGUACGCCACACUGCUCACCAGGCACAUCGGCAAGACUGUACACCAUGCCAAGACAACUCCUGAAGACUAUGAGAAACUUGGCUUCCCUGGGGCCCGUGACCUAGCCAACAUGUUCCGUUUCUAUGCCCUGAAACCCGACCGAAACAUCGAGCUGACCCUGCACCUCAACCCCAAGGCCCAGACCCUAGACCAGUGGUUGGAGCAGCACAAAGGGGACUUUGCCCGGCUGUGACCGGCCUAUCUGGAAGCCCCUCUAGUGUGUGUGGGGAGGCUUUAGAGGCACAAUCAUCUGUCCUGUGUACAAGUUUGUUGUUGUUUUUUUGAAACAAAGCCAUUGUUCUUACAGAUGGUUUCAAAAAGAAAAGGGCUCUGUCUCUGGGACGUGGGUUGGAGUGGCAGCUGUUGGGCACCGACAGCAUGAAAAACCCAGCAGGAGACAUGAAAUGGCUGGUGUGGGAAGAUACUUGUAUCUCUCUCUUCCCUGAAAUAAAGGGGAAAUGGGAGAACUGGCUAGCCAGAAGGUAACUGCAGAGAAGAAUAUGUUAACGUUUACGUGUGGAGUAUUCCACCCUGGCCAAAAG